AUAAAAAUAAUAAUAAUAUGUAAUCGCGACACAAUAGAGUAAAGAGUGGGGGUAAGCGCUACGCUAACGCACCUCACUACUCAACCGUUUUGUCAUUCGAUUCGAUCCGUCAUUCGCAUUCGCUCGCUCGGCCGUAGCGUUAGUCUGUCAGCGUCGCGUAUUUUGUGAAAUUUUAUAAAAUAUAGAUUUUAUAUUUGGUGAUGUAGUAGUGUAGUGUGUGAAAUAAACAGCAAAAAUGUCGCUUGAAAUCCCGUUAAUGAGCACGGACGAGGUGAUUGAGUUAGAUCCGGAGCAAUUACCUUCUGGAGAUGAAGUGCUUAGUAUACUGCAACAGGAGAGAUCGCAGCUCAACGUCUGGAUCAAUGUUGGACUUGCAUAUUACAAACAAAAGAAGAUCGAUGAUUUCCUCAAAAUAUUGGAGGCCUCCCGUACAGAGGCCAACAUCGAGUACAGGGACUUUGAAAGAGACCAAAUGCGAGCCCUCGACAUGUUGGCCGCAUAUUAUGUACAGGAGGCCAAUAAAGAAAAGUUGAAGGACAAGAAAAAAGAGUUGUUUACAAAAGCAACUCUUCUAUACACAAUGGCAGAUAAAAUUAUCAUGUAUGAUCAAAACCAUCUCCUUGGACGAGCAUAUUUCUGUCUCCUCGAAGGUGAUAAAAUGGAACAAGCAGAUGCCCAGUUCAACUUUGUGCUAAACCAAUCUCCUAACAAUGUGCCCUCGUUACUCGGUAAAGCAUGCAUUGCAUUCAACCGCAAAGAUUACAGGGGAGCAUUGGCUUUUUACAAGAAAGCUCUAAGAACUAAUCCGGACAGUCCAGCUGCCUUGAGAUUGGGAAUGGGCCAUUGUUUUAUGAAGCUGAAUAAUCAGGAGAAGGCGAGGAUGGCCUUCGAAAGAGCAUUACAGUUAGACCCACAAUGUGUCGGCGCCCUUGUAGGUUUAUCUAUACUCAAACUGAACUUACAAGAGAAUGAAUCAAACAAAAUGGCUGUGAUUAUGUUGUCAAAAGCUUAUGCUAUCGAUCCCAAGAACCCUAUGGUGUUGAACCAUUUGGCCAAUCAUUUCUUUUUCAAAAAGGACUACAGCAAGGUACAGCAUCUUGCCUUACACGCGUUCCACAACACGGAAAACGAAGCUAUGCGGGCAGAAAGUUGUCAUCACCUCGCUAGAGCUUUUCAUGCUCAAGGCGAUUGUGACCAAGCUUUCCAGUAUUACUACCAGGCAACUCAGUAUGCCCCACCCAACUUUGUCCUACCACAUUAUGGGCUGGGACAAAUGUAUAUCUACAGAGGGGACACAGAGAACGCAGCGCAAUGUUUCGAGAAAGUAUUAAAAGUCCAACCAGGAAACUACGAAACAAUGAAGAUUUUAGGAUCUCUCUAUGCCAAUUCUCCUUCACAAUCAAAAAGAGAUAUUGCUCGCCAACAUUUGAAGAAAGUCACAGAACAGUUCCCAGACGAUGUGGAAGCUUGGAUAGAGUUGGCACAAAUAUUGGAGCAAAAUGAUUUACAGGGUUCUCUCAACGCAUAUAGCACAGCAAUGAAGAUUUUAAAAGAAAAAGUGAAUGCAGAUAUUCCUGCUGAAAUAUUGAACAAUGUGGCAGCCCUACAUUACAGACUUGGGAACUUGAAUGAAGCCAAGAAUUAUUUGGAAGAAGCUCUUGAAAGGGAAAAAGCCGACGCAGAAACACUAGAUGCUCAAUACUACAAUUCAAUAGCGGUAACAACUAGUUACAAUCUGGCCCGGUUGAAUGAAGCACUGUGCAUGUAUAAUAAGGCUGAGAAACUAUACAAGGACAUUUUGAAGGAACAUCCCAACUACAUUGAUUGUUAUUUGAGGUUAGGUUGCAUGGCCCGCGACAAAGGACAGAUCUACGAAGCUUCAGAUUGGUUCAAAGAGGCUCUGAAAGUGAACACAGAACAUCCAGACACUUGGUCGUUGCUGGGCAACCUGCAUUUGGCUCAGCAAGAGUGGGGACCGGGUCAAAAGAAGUUUGAGAGGAUUCUACAGAAUUCUAGCACUUCCAAUGAUGCUUAUUCACUGAUAGCUCUCGGAAACGUAUGGCUCCAAACUCUACAUCAGCCUUGUCGUGAGAAAGACAGGGAGAAGCGACAUCAAGAACGUGCUCUAACUAUGUACAAACAAGUACUGAAGAGUGACCCUAAGAACAUAUGGGCUGCUAACGGAAUUGGAUGCGUACUUGCUCAUAAGGGUUGUAUAAACGAAGCUCGCGAUAUAUUCGCUCAAGUGCGCGAAGCGACCGCCGACUUCCCCGAUGUUUGGAUGAAUAUCGCUCACAUUUAUGUUGAACAGAAACAGUAUAUCAAUGCUAUACAGAUGUACGAAAACUGCGUCCGCAAAUUCCGCAUGCACCACGACGUGGAAUGGUUGACAUGGGUCGCGCGAGCACAGACGUUGGCGGGGCGGGCCGGCGCCGCGCGCGCCUCCCUACUGCGAGCGCGACGAGUCGCUCCGCACGACGCCGCGCUAGCAUACAACACUGCUCUCACACUACGUCGACGGGCCGCCGCAGUCUUGAAGGACGAGAGAUCCGACCUUCGCGUAGUACUUCGCGCAGUUCACGAACUACAUGUGUCACAUCGUCACUUUGCGCGUCUGGGCGAAGCUGAGGCAGGAGCCGCGGCGGCUCAGGAAGCGAGGACUUGUGCGGACUUACUGUCGCAAGCGCAGUGGCACGUCGCCCGCGCCCGCCGCCAGCACGACGAGGAGCUUUCCCUGCGAGACAAGCAGCGCGAACAAAGGGAGGCUUUCCGCAGGCAACAGGAAGAAGAACGCAAGCGUCGCGAAGAAGAACAACAGAAGAGUACAGUGGAGAUGUUACAGAAGCGACAAGAGUACAAAGAGAAGACGAAGAACGCUCUCUUAUUCGCCGACAUGCCGACUGAGAACAAGUCGAAAGGUGGUCGCGGAAGGAGAAAGGAUGAGUACGUGUCAGACUCACCUGGCAGUGGCAGUGAAGGACCGAGAGAAGACAAACGUGAGCAGAAACGUAAACGCAAACGUGAAGCGGGCGAGCCCCGCAAGGGAGGUAAACGUAAGAGUAGAAGAAAUUCUGGCAGCGAUAGUGACCGCGACCCACCCAAGAAACGAGGCAGGAAGAAGGGUGAAAAAGGCAUCGGCAAACGUGAGAAGGCCAGAGCAGCGAAAGAAGCCGAUAAACUGGGCGCGAAACAACGCGCGAAAAUCGUUUCUAAAGAAACGAUAUCGACUUCCGAGUCGGAGUCGGACACUUCUCGCAAGUCCCGGAGUAGAAGUCGCAGCGGCAGUGGAAGUCGGAGCGAUCAAGGUCCAAGUCAAAAUCUCGCAGUCGAUCAAGGUCGGGAUCCGCCAAAAGUCGUUCGAGGUCCAAAAGUAAAUCACGUUCUAAAAGCCGUUCCAGAUCUAAAGGCAGAUCUAGGUCUAAAAGCGCAUCCAGGUCUAAGAGCCGGUCAAGAUCCAAAAGUAGGUCUCGUUCAAAGAGCCGUUCCAAGUCUAAAAGCGUUUCUAGGUCUAGAUCAAGGUCAAAGAGCAGAUCCCGUUCAAAAUCGAAGAGCGUAUCGAGGUCGAGAUCCCGUUCAAGAUCAAAGAGUGGAUCCCGAAGCAGGUCUGGCUCCCGAGCUGGGUCCCGCGCAUCCAGGUCUAGGUCACGAUCUGGAUCGAGGUCAAGAUCAGGAUCCAGAAAUUCCCGACCAGACACACCAGUAUCAAGGAAAUCUGUCUCCGCAAGUGAAGAUGAAGCUUAGAGCUAUUGGACAGUUUUUAGAAGUGACGCUUGAUUUAUUAGGAAUGAGAGUUAAAAUGGCUAAGUCGGUAUGGUUCAUAUCAGAUUAA